AUGGCGGCGAAGAGCGGUGGCUCCGUUGACUGGUCGUCAAUUAUUAAGCCAAUUUUAUCUGCAUCUUAUGGUUCAUUUAAUAAAAAUGAAAUUAUUGAUCUUGUUAAAGCAAUUGUCAAAAGUGAAUCAGAAUUUUCAAUUCAUGAUGAAUCCCAUGAGGCCUUUUAUACGUCUUUUGCUGCUUUAGUCGCAGAUUACAUCAGUGGUUACGCGAAUUCAUUAUCAAAAAAUCAGAUUCCUGUUGUUUGGCAAGCAUGCAAAAUUCUAUUGGUCUAUUUAGUGGGAAAAUUACCCCAAAAUCAAUCCCAACCUGGCGAUGGAUCAUCGACAAUUUUAACAACGAAACAAUUACUAUUGGCAAUUCGUUCACUUUGUGUUGGACAAUCACUUCUUGUAAAAGCAGAAGAAAUUGCUCUAGUCACAAUUCUUCGAAAUGCAAAAUUACCAUCUAUCACAACACCGCCAUUAUCGACAAAUGGCGAGAAAGAAUCAAAUCAACAACAACAACAACAACAACAACAAAUCAAAGAAGCAAAAAGAAGCCGAAGUGAUUUAUCAAGUAAUAUUCUUGAACAAUUAACAAUGCCUCUUCAAGAAUUUAUUCCAUCUUUGUCAGUGCGAAUUGAUAAUUCAGAUGGAAAUAAACUCCCUGAGAAUGUUUCCAAUGAACAAUCAUCUGAUAUAAAGAUGAUGUUUACGGCAAAUAAUAUUGGAACAUUGCAAAAUAUAAGCGCUGGCGAUACUUUAUUGGAUAUGUGUACAAAUCUUCCACAUUUGUCACGUUAUAGUCGUAAAUAUCAAACGUUUUUAAAUCGAAAAAAUUUUUGCCUACCAUCAAAUAAUUCAGAAGCACAUACAAUACGUUAUAGUUUACAUUCAGUUGUAAAUGAUAUUAAUAUUGUUCAUAGUGUUGUAUCAUUGCCAAUUCUUGAGCCAUUAACACCAGUGAAAUUAGAAAAAUUAUCACUAUUAACAAUGUCAUGUCUUUAUUGUUCAAUUGCAAAUGCAACAGCAUCAAGUAUUGUUGGUAUAACAAAUGCAGUAUCACCAAAAUGUAGUAAUACAAAUACACAAUGUGGAAGUGGUACAUUAAAUCAAACAAGUGGUAAAAAUACCGAAGAUGAAUAUGAUACAUUAGCAAUAAAUGUUGUGGAAAAAAGUUUAGAAAUAUUCACUCUAGUCUCAAAUAUAAUAAAAUAUAGUACACGUGCUGGUGGUCAUAUUUUGCAAAAUCAUCUUUUAAUUGGAGUUUGGCUACUUGUGGCUGGAUUACAAGCACAAUUAUCAGUUAGCAGUGUGAGUGCAGUUGAUAAAAGUAAUAAAGAAGAAAAAGGUAAAUCGCCAAGUAAGGCACGCGAUGGAACGGGAAGAAUAAAUUUAAUGAAAGUACAACAAGGUUUUGGUGUUUUGUCAGUUGCAUUGGCAUCGCAUGCGCUUACAUUAAUGAGUGCACUUCUCGAUGAUGUAUCAGUUGAAGCUGGUCCAAAUCGUCCACCAACACCAGAACCAGCGCCAUUGGAUAUUCUUGCAACAGCAACAGCAUUACAGAGAGCGGCGACAUUUUUUCAAGCCGCGCCACUUAAUCAUUUAUUAUUUUAUUUAGCAACAAUAAGCUAUAGAAAGGCAUGUACAUUGAAACGUGUUCAAAAACAUUCCCUCGAGGGCGAUACAUUAAGUCAAUCUGAUUCAACAACAUAUUAUGAGGAUCUUUUGAGUUGUUCGGAAAAUUCAGCUGACGAAGAAGAGGAUAGUGAACCAAUUUUGGGACUUUGGUUUGAGGAGACUCUUGCACCAUCUGAUAGUCAAUCGAGUAAUGCAUCAAAAGAAACAAAUAAUGAACCAACUGUUGAAAGAACAACAACGGCUAUUGUACCCGAUAAUCGUGAACCACAUGGUUAUAUUUCAUUGGCAACGCAAAUAUUUCAAUUUAUGAAUCAACAUUUACUUGGUAGUCGUAGUAUUUAUGUGAGGGAAUAUGUUAUGAAUGGAUUGGUGGAACAACAAAUGGUGAUAUUGGCUGCAAUUAUAAGAGAUUUAGAUCAUGAGGCAGCGAGAACGGAAACAGGAACAAUAUCAGUUUUUUAUGGUGCAACACUUGGUGGAAUGUAUUCGGAAUUUUCUCAAGCACUCAGUCUUUAUACACAUAAUUUAUUAACAAGAAAUACAUUAAGUGAAACAUUACAAAAUACAUUGCUUCAACAUUUGGGUGUGAGUCCAUGGGCAACGGAAAAUGCAAAUAGUUCAUCUUGGCCACUUCAAGUUUAUCCAAGGACACUUAGUGUUCUUGCUCAGAUACUUUUGCUUAAACCACAACUUGAAAAAGAAGCAGCCUGCAUAAGUAUUUGGCACAGAUUAGUCACGACAAUGGUUGAAAAUGUUUGUAAUUCACCAGCAAAUUCUGAUGCCGAAAAUGAAGAUUUAAAUGUGGAGCAUGCACAACUUGUUUUAUUUCUUUUUCAUUCUUUAAAUUUAAUGCAAAAGAAAUCAGUUUUAUUGGUAACGGGAAGUGGAGCAGUUCGUUGCAGUGAAGCUGUUAAAACUCCAAUGAAAGAUUCACAAAUUCUCCAUCUAUCACGAUUAUUACUUCUACUUGAAUAUAUGAUGAAACAUUUAUAUGAUGCACCAUCUUCUCUACUCGAACAAGUUCAAUGGAAUCUUUUAUCUGGUACAAGUUUAGUGUGCGAUGCAAAAGAGGGGAAUAAACAAGCAUCAAGAAUUUAUACACCAUGGAAAGAGAUAGAGGAUAAUUAUAAAAAAUUUACACCACAAGAUGAAUUAUCGAUAAAACCAAAAUUUUACAAUUUAACAAUUGCCGAUUUAAAUAAUCAAGAUACACCAAAACUCGAUGGUUUAGCUUGUAAUUUUGUUCUUGGCACAUCGGAUAAAAUGAAAUAUCCCCUACUUGUCGAUGCAUUAAUUGAUAUAUUAAAUAUUAUUAAUCAAACAUCAAUACCAAGAAAACAAUCAAAUGAUGGAAAGGAUAAAAUAACAUUCACUGGUUUAUGUGCAACGCAAUAUUGUUUUUCAAUUUGUUGGCGUUUAUUACUUAUGUUACCACCAUCAACAGCUUAUAUGGAUGAACUUGCACUUGGUGAAGAAAUUCCCUCAACUCCAAUGCUUCUUUAUUCAUUAAUUUGGGGACCAAGAGCUGCAUGUAAAACAUUUACCGGUUGGAUGAAGGAUUGUCUUGUUAAACAAGGAAUGUAUACACAAUAUGCAGAAAAUUUAUUAAAAACAAUAUCAUCAACAGUAACAUCAUUAAAAUAUGAUGUGACAUUAGCAAAAAAUGCAAUAAAAGCCCUAAGUCCCGAUGUGAAGGAUGAAAAAAUAUUACCAAAAAAUUUAUUACCAAAAUUAAGUUCAUUAACAAUAUUAUCGGCAGUUAUUGGUAAAUUACAAGUAAUGAUGGAUGAAAGUUUAUAUAAAACAACAUCAAAUGAUAAUAUUGAAGUUUCAAAAAAUACUGAAUCAAUAACAACAAAUAUAAAUAAAAUGUUAAUUGAUAUAUUACCACAUAUAUUGAAAUUAACUAAAAAUGUUAUUAUUGCUUGUAAAUCAAAUGUUUUAUAUCAAGCGCAAGAAGGAAUGGAAAAAUAUAAUUUAAGAGAUUUUUCAGUAUUGGAUAUUAUUAUAUCAAUGGAUGGUAUAACAUCAAUGACUGGUGCAACAUGGUCAUUGGAAACAUCAUUGGCAUUACUUUCAAAUAAUAUUAAAACAGCACUUGAUAAAUGGAAAUCAAUAAAUGUUGCUCACGUACCAUGGAAUACUUAUGUUAAUGAUAUUAUACCAGCUGAAAGUUAUAUAUUGGCAACGAUAAAUCAUCAUAUUAAUCCAUUAUCUGAAUUUGGUACAUUUUCAAUAAAUUCAUCGCUUAAAAAUCUUUUAUAUUCAUUAAUGACAUUUAUAAUGGAAUAUGUAAAUCCAAUAACAGCGCCUGAAAAUUCAGAAAUACGUGAAGAAACAAUUGAUUUAUUAAUACCAUUAACAAUGGAUGCAAGAACUGAUUAUAUUCAAGAGAUGGCAUCAAAAACACUUGUAAAAAUUCUUGGCGAUAGUGAAAGUGAAGCACGACAAUUACGUUUACAUCUUUUUAUACUUUCUUAUACAUAUAAUUUAAUAAUUGAUUAUACUGGUAAUAAUGAAAUGUCACUUAAUGUGACAAUUGAUGAGAAAAUAUUGACAAAUUAUAUUAAAUAUUGGGAAUAUUUAUUGGAUAAACCAGUGGGUUAUAAGGCACUUGGUGAAUUUUUUUCACCAUCAUCAUCAAAAAGUUUGAUAUCAAUUUUAUUGUCAAUAUCAUCAUCGCAUGUAUCACAACAAUUUGGAACUCAUGUUUUGCAUUUUUUUAAUAAACUUUUUAAAAUUUGCGAAAAAGUUAAUGAUACAUCAUUGGAUCGUUUAUGUAGUACAGUGGCAAAUUUAUCAACAGUUGAUAAUGAUCGUUUACAAUUUUGGCUAAGGCAUGUGAUACUUGGAAAUGAAAAUAAAAAAGAAAAUGAAAAUUGGCAAAAUAUUCUUGUUGAUGUUGCUAAAAAUCAAAAUAAUCAAGAAAAUAAUCAAUUAUUACAAUCGUUGACAAAUUAUAUUGUUAAGGAGAAUAAUGUUAAUAAUGUUUCGGUAAUAUUAUUACAGGCAUUAAUACCAUUGGGUUAUCAUAUAUUAUCAACAGCAAUUGAUGGUGUUUGUUUUACUGAUUUAAUGCAAGUUAUGUCAACAUUGGCCGAUGUUGGUACAGAUAAGGGACAUAAAUUAUUAUUUAAAGCAGCAACAGGAUGGAUUGAUAUUUGUAAACAGCAAUUAAUGAAUAAGGAUUCAAAUUUAUUGGAUAAAUCAUCAACGUACAUUGAAGCUGGUUGUUGUGUUUUAAAUUAUAUUGCCGAUGUUGUUAGUGCAGUAUGUCCGCAAUUAUAUUCACAAGAUAGAGCAACAAGUCCACCAUGGGAGGGUGCAACAAUGAUAAAUGAUGUUAAUGAUAGUGAUUGGAAUGAUGAUAUUUUACAUGAGGAUGAGGAUAGUGCUGCUGAGGAUUCAGAUGAGGAUUCACUUUGUAAUAAACUUUGUACAUUUACAAUAACACAAAAAGAAUUUAUGAAUCAACAUUGGUAUCAUUGUCAUGAUUGUAAUAUGGUUGAUGGAGUUGGUGUUUGUACAGUUUGUGCAAGAGUUUGUCAUCGUGGACAUGAUGUAACAUAUGCGAAAUAUGGUAAUUUUUUUUGUGAUUGUGGAGCAAAGGACGAUGCAUCUUGUCAGGCGUUGAUUAAACGUAGUCCACAAUGUUCGGAACAAAAUGUUGGUAAUAAUAUUUCAUAUGGAACGGGUAAUUCGGAGAAUAAUUUGACAAGUAGUUUGAGAAGACGAGCAUCGAGUCCUGUGCAUAAUUCGGAGAAAUUGAAUUUUGGUAAGGAUCGACAAAAAUUGUCAACAUUGGCUAAACAAUUGGAUGGUUCGAAGGAAUGGAUUUUAUUGCAAUUAUGGUCAAGUGGAUUGAUAUCGUCGCUUGUUGAAUUGACAAGUAAUUUAGUGCCGGCCGUUGAGGCAUCGUGUCGUAAAUAUUCGGCAGUUGGUUGUCAUUCAAGGGGUCAAUUGGCAUUGCGACAAUUGCAUUCGCUUGAUAAAAAAUUCGAGCAUACUGAUCAAUUAAUGUUACCAACAUUGGGAUCACAGGAGGGGGCUUUUGAAAAUGUGAGAAUGAAUUAUUCCGGUGAUCAGGGACAAACGAUAAGACAAUUAUUAUCGGCUCAUAUGAUACGAAGAGUUGCCAUGUGUUGUUUAUCAUCACCACAUGGUAAGAGGCAACAUCUUGCCGUUUCACAUGAGAAGGGAAAAAUCACUGUUCUUCAAUUGAGUACACUUUUAAAGCAAGCCGAUUCAUCAAAACGAAAAUUAACACUCACUAGACUUGCCUCGGCGCCAAUUCCAUUUACUGUUUUAUCAAUUACUGGCAAUCAAUGGAAUGAGGAUUUUCUUGCUGUUUGUGGAUUAAAAGACUGUCAUGUUCUUACUUUCAAUAGUUCGGGAACUGUUUCCGAUCAUUUGGUACUUCAUCCACAUUUAGAGACGGGAAAUUUUAUUAUUAAAGCACUAUGGCUACCGGGUUCACAAACACAAUUGGCCCUUGUUACUGCGGAUUUUGUGAAAAUUUACGAUUUAAGUAAAGAUGCAUUGAGUCCACAAUAUUAUUUUUUGGUACCAACUGGUAAAAUUCGUGAUUGCACAUUUAUACACGCUGAAGAUGGAAUGUUUCAUUUAUUAUUAAUGUCAUCGGCUGGUUAUAUUUAUAGUCAAGCAAUGGAUGAGGAGAGUUUAGCAAAACAUGGUCCAUUUUAUGUGACAAAUACACUUGAUAUUUAUCAUCCUGAAAUUAAAGACAAUGGACAAGUUGGAGGUGGCGGUGUAUCAAUUUAUUAUUCACAUGCAUUACAAUUAUUAUUCUUUAGUUAUGCGUGUGGAAAAAGUUUUAUAGCGCCAUUAAAAUAUAUGAAUUUGGAAAUUAAUAUUGUUUUUAUGAUUAAUCUUGCUAAUAAAGUGAAUGGCAAUAAAUCAAAUAAUAAUCAACCGCAACCAUUAUGUCAAUGGAGUGAAAUUGCAAAUCAUCCGGGUUUAGUUUGUUCUGUAUUGCAAAGUAGUAAUAAUCCAGUGAUAUUAAUGAUAAAACCCGAAACAAUAAUGAUACAGGAAAUAAAAGUUGUACCGGCAAAAGCAAAAAUAAUGGAUAUUGUUGCAAUUCGUCAUUCAAGCUCAAAUGCUGAACAUAGAACAACAUUGAUUUUAUUAUGUGAGGAUGGUAGUUUAAGAGUUUAUAUGGCGGCAAUGGAUCAUACUGGUUUUUGGAUGUCACCAAAUGUUCAACCAAUUGGAACAAUUGCAACAAUUAAACAGACAAAAAAGAAAAAGGCAUUAAAAACAGGAAAACCAUCGGGUUCGGUUAUAUUUCCAGUUGAUUUCUUUGAACAUUGUCAAUCAAUGAAUGAUGUUGAAUUUGGUGGUAAUGAUUUAUUGCAAAUUUAUAAUGUUGCACAAAUUAAACAUCGAUUAAAUACAACGGGAAUGUAUGUUGCAUCAACAAGACAACUUGGUUUUAAUAUUGAAAUUAAUAAUAAUGAUCCAACGCUUGUUAUGACUGGUUUUCGUGUACAAUUGGGAAAUCAGGAUAUUCAACGUGCACCACUUUUUGUUGAAAUUUUCGGCAGAAGUGUCCGAAUAAUGUUGACACGAAGCAGAUGGUUUGAUAUUCCUCUAACAAGAGAAGAGAGCUUGCAAGCUGAUAAAAAGUUAGUUAUUACUUUUGGUCCUUCGCAAGAUGCUGAAGGUGUUAUUAUGGUGGAUUCAAUUAAAGUUUAUGGAAAAACUAAAGACGCAUUUGGUUGGCCCGAGGAGCCUGAAGAAAUUCCCGCGGGACAAUCAACAUCAGCACCAGCAACAACUGGAGCACCAGUAAAUAAUGAAAAUGAAAGCACACUUGUCUCACCAGUGACACUAACAUCUAUUGACAAACCUGUGAAGGAUGAUUCUGUGAAUAUUGAAAGGAUGACGUCCAGUAUCUUACAAGUUUUAGUUUCGUCUUUCACACUCUCAUCUAGUGAGGAUAAUAAAUCAUCAUUAAAAUCAACAGCAAUUGAAGUUGCUUCUAAUCUUUUAACUCUACCAAUACCGCAACAAGUGCAAAUUCAUACAACAUCGCUUUUAGCUGCACUACACAAUUCAAAAUUAUCUUAUCACUCUCACAAGGAUCAAGUUCUUCUUUCUCAUGUUCUCGAUUCUUUGAGUUCAAUGCAAAAAAUAAACGAUCCACGUGACAUUGACGCUGAGAAUUUUUAUAGACUUGUUCUUAUUGUACGAAACAUUGCCGUUGCUCGGCCAAAUAAUUUAGCUAAAUUUGCCGAUCAACAUGCAGCUAAAUUAAUCGACAUAUCGAGUGUUCCUGUUUUCGAGAAAGAUCGUUUAGAGUCACAAUCGAUGGGUGAUAAAAAUCAACAUUUGGUGAUACAAUUAAUGGAUGUUUUAUGGUCAUUACACGCUGCAUAUCCAAAAAAUAUGGCAUUAGCGCCAGUUGUUGUACCUGGUUUAACGCACACUGAGGCAACAAUUCAUGCAAUUGUUGAAAUAAUUCAUGCAUUCACAACUUGUGACAUUGAAGGCAACACGCCAUUGGCAGCAAAACUUUAUCUUCAAUUAUUAUUAUCAUCAGAUACAAGUAUAAGCUUUAGCGCUAAACAGGCAAUUAUUCGUGUUUUAAGACCAAGAUAUAAACGUCGUCGUGUUUUUAUACCAAGUCCACCGCAUUGCAGUACACCAGGCGCACCAAUGGAAACAGAUGAGAAACGUGAAUUAACAGUACAAUCAUCGCAAGAUUCAGCAGAUGUUGAAAAUCAAUAUGAAGUUGAAGCAAUUGAUCCAAUGAAUGCCGAUGAAAAUGGAGGAUCUGGUGCGCGAGGGGGAAAUCAUCCUCUUGAAGCGCUUCUUGGUCCUGGUGGAUUUCCCCAAUUAAUGGAUAUGCCACCGGCUGACGAUGAUGAAGUUAUGGUUGAAUUGGCAAUUGCACUUAGCUUACAGGAUCAACAAAGAGCUGGCAAUAGUCAAGUUCCACAGCAAGGUUUUCCACAAGGUCUUGCAAAUAUUCCUGGACUUCAGGGUUUGGAAAAUUUAAAUGGACCCGAAUUAGAUCGCAUUCAAGCGUUGGCUGUUCAAGGUCUCUCUCAAGCUGUCGAGAGAUUAAACGUUGCCGUUUUGGGACAAGAAGGGAGUCAUUAUUCAGAUACAACAGCUUCCGCUGGAGGUUCGGAUGAUGAAGGUUCAACAGCAGCAACUGAUGGCAGUACUUUGAGAACUUCACCAGCCGAACAAGGGGGAAGCGGAGGAAGUAAAGGCAGUGAAAGUGGAGGAAGCGAUUCAGGUGGCAGUGCAGUUGACAGCAUUACUGGUGAACAUAAUGUUUCAGGAAGAAGUUCCGCUUACGGUGAUAAUGCUCCCGAAAGUAUUCCAUCAAUGAAUAUCGGUCAACCAUCACGUUCGGAAAAUAGUUCAGUUGGCGCUGCAACGGCAUUUAGCGCUACAGAACAAGAACCCGAACAGGAACAAGAACAAGUAUUAGAACAGGAUACGGAUAAUCUUGGUGAAAAUACAAUGAAUCUUCACGAUGUUCGACUAUUGUUACUUGAUAAAUUAAUGCAAUUUAUUCCCGAUUUAACAAAUGUUUCCGGCGUAUUGGCAAUUCCAUUUAUGCAGGUGAUUUUGAUGUUAACAUCCGAUCUCGAUGGUCUUGACGAAAGAGAUAAAACUUGUGUUCAACGAUUAUUGCAAAUAUUGGUGAAAGAAUUGGAAAUGGAAAAUCCCGAUACAAGUGAUAUUUGUCAAAGAAGUAAUAAAAGAGAAGUUCAUCUUGUAAUUAUGCGAUUGCUAAGUGUUUUAAUGUCAAGAUCUAAAGGCAGUACAAAAAAUCAAGUUGAUAAUCCAAAUUUUGUAUCGCAAACAACAGCGGCUAUUUUAAGUAACAAUGGAGUCAUUGACUAUUGUUUAAAUCUUCUCAAAGCAUUACUUGACUAUUGGAAAAACACCUCAAAUGAAGAAGCUGGAAAUGUAAUUGGCGGUCAAUUAUUAAAAGAACAUCUCAUUACUUCUCCGCCCGAUAUGUCGCCAUUCUUUUUGAGGCAAUAUGUCAAAGGACACGCGAGUGAUGUUUUUGAACCAUAUCCACAAUUGUUGACAGAAAUGGCAUUAAAAUUACCCUAUCAAGUGCAUAAAUAUGCUGAAAACACAGUCGUACAACCAGAAUUUGAUCAGCAAGCUUGGUUUUAUUAUCUUUGUGAAUAUAUGAUGUCAUAUCAAACUCCAUUUGUGAGACGACAAGUUCGUAAAUUAUUACUUUUUAUUUGUGGAAACAAGGACAAAUAUCGACAAUUAAGGGAUUUGCACUCAUUAGUUUCUCAUGUUAAGUCGGUACAACAAUGCUGUAAUACAGGUGGUUACGAUCCACUUAAUUCUCAUCCACUUGCAAUUAAUUUACCCUAUGAUUCUCUCGUUGAGCUUAUUGAACAUCUCAAAAGUUGUGUUGAAGUUGCAACAAGUCGAACGGGAAAUUGGCAAAGAUUUUGCUCAAAACAAAAUACAGUUUUGUCAUAUUUAUUCACUAUUUCGACACUUUUAGACGAAGGCGUCAGUCCCACUGUUCUUCAAUUGCUUCAAUGUGCAAUUUGCUCGAGUAAAUUCAAAGAUGUCAAAAGCAAGGAUCAAAAAUCAACAUCAACAACAAAAGAAAGAAGAGAUCGUGAAAAAUCAGAGGAUUCAGAUACAGAAGCAAAAUUUGAAGAAGCACAAUGUGUAUUUUUAGUGAAACAAAUACAACAACAAGUAUCGCCGGCAUUAUUGACAAAAUUUAUUCAAACAUUUUUACUUGAGGCAAAUAAUACAAAUGUUCGUUGGCAAGCGCAUUCGCUUAUUCUUGCAAUUUAUAAAAAUUGUGGACCAUCAAAUCAGGAAAUACUUUUGGAUCUUCUUUGGCGAUUAUGGCCACUUUUACCCAUGUAUGGUAGAAAAGCAGCGCAAUUUGUUGAUCUUUUGGGUUAUUUUUCAUUAAAAACACCACACACUGGUAAUAAAAUGCACGUCUAUAUGGAACAAGCAGUUGCUGUAUUACACGCUGAAAAUCAAUUAUUAUCACGUCAUCCAAAUGCAAAUCUCUAUGCAAAUCUUGCACAAUUUGUUGAAUUAGAUGGCUAUUAUUUGGAAAGUGAACCAUGUUUAGUUUGUAAUAAUCCCGAGGUACAAAUGUCAACAAUAAAAUUAUCAUCAAUAAAAGUUGAUUCAAAAUUUACAACAACAACACAAAUAGUAAAACUUGUUGGUAGUCAUACAAUAAGUCGUAUUACAUUGAGAAUUGGCGAUUUAAAACGAACAAAAAUGGUAAGGACAAUUAAUGUAUUUUAUAAUAAUCGUUCAGUGCAAGCUGUUGUUGAAUUAAAAAAUAAACCCGCCAUGUGGCAUAAGGCAAAAAAAAUAACAUUAGCACAAGGACAAACGGAAAUUAAAAUUGAAUUCCCAUUGCCAAUAGUCGCAUGUAAUUUAAUGAUUGAAUAUGCUGAUUUUUAUGAAAAUAUACAAGCAUCAUCGGAGACAUUACAAUGUCCAAGAUGUUCAGCAAGUGUACCGGCAAAUCCUGGUGUAUGUGCAAAUUGUGGUGAAAAUGUAUUUCAAUGUCAUAAAUGUCGUGCAAUUAAUUAUGAUGAGAAGGAUCCAUUUUUAUGUCAUGCUUGUGGUUUUUGUAAAUAUGCCAAAUUUGAUUAUACAUUAACGGGACGUCCAUGCUGUGCUGUUGAUCCAAUUGAAAGUGAUGAGGAUAGAAAAAAAACAGUUGCUACAAUAAAUACAUUAUUGGAAAAAGCUGAUCGUGUUUAUAAGAGUUUAAUUUCAAAUAAACCAACAUUAGAAAUGUUAUUGGUAAAAAUAUCAGAGCAUCGUUCAGAUCGUAGUUUAGAUGAUGGUGGUGUACAAGUGACUGGUAGUACGCAAGUAAAUCGUGCUAUACAAUUAUUGGCACAAAAAUAUUGUGGCGAAUGUAAAACAUCAUUUGAGGAAUUAAGUAAAAUAAUACAAAAAGUAUUGGCAUGUCGAAGAGAAUUAGUUGCUUAUGAUCGUAAUCAACGUGGUCAAAGUGUAAUGCAAUAUCAUCAGGCAUCAACGUCGGAUGGUUCAGUGAGAGAUGAAAUUGCACCAAAUGCUGGUAGAUGUUAUGGUUGUGCAUCAGCUGCAACUGAACAUUGUUUAACAUUAUUGCGUGCAUUGGCAACAAAUCAAGCGGCAAGGGAAGUUUUAUGUAAACAUGGAUUGAUACAAGAAUUGGUGGAACAUAAUUUACGUAAAGGUACAAUACAAAUGCAAGAGGAAGUGAGACAAUUACUUUGUCUUGUAACACGUGAUAAUAGUGAAUCAACAAAAGAACUUUGUUCAUUAUUAACAAAUCGUGUUACAAUGACAUUAAAAGGACGUAUUGCAACUCAUGAUCUUUCAAUGUCAGUUCGUCAUGAAAUGGCAUUAUUGGCAGCGCUUGUACAAAAAGAUGAUUUAUGCUGGGAACAAAAAUUACGUUGUGUUAUGUCAUUAUUUCUUCUUGCAUGUCGUGAUUCAAAAAGUCCUGUUGUUAUGGAUUCAAUAAUAUUGCCAUGUAUGAAAAUUUUACAAAGUGUCAUUAAACCAGAGCAGCCAGUGUCGAAGAAAAAUAAAGAUAAAAGUACAGAAUCUUUAGCGACAAUACAACCAUCGUCGGGUAUUAGUGUUAAUAUUGAAAAAUGGUUAAAUGGAGAUUAUUCAUAUUGUAAUUGGUUGGAGAAGGUACCAUCGAGGAAAAUUGAAACAAAACUCACAAAGGAGGAGGCGAGAAUUUUGUAUUUAAUGGAAAAAUAUGGACAUCGUUGGCAUAAUCGUUGUUAUCGUUUAAAAACAUUGAAAUUAGUUGAUGGAGCAUGGUUAAAAGAGGUGCUUUUUAAUCCAAGUUCAAGACUAGCGAGACAAGUUGCUUGUACAAUGAUUGAAAGUCUUUGUCAAGGAAUGGAGAGAAAAAAGGAAUUACUUGUAUUGCUUACUAAUUAUUUGGAGGAAGUACAUAUUGCCGGUGAGAGUAGCGCUGAAUUUUUAUCACUUUAUCAAAAUUUAAUUCGACAAUCGCCUUGGAAACAAUUUUUAGCCGUAAAAGGAGUAUUAACACUUCUUGCUGAAUUAUUAACAAGAGAAAUUGAAGAUUUACAUCGUUUAGAAGAGACAACAUUAACAAGCGAUUUAGCACAGGGUUAUUCAUUGAAAAUGCUCACUGAACUUUUGGCAACAUUUCUUGAGCAGGAGAAUAUAAAACAACAUUAUAAAGGAAGACUCGUUGGUGCUGUAUUAAAUGGUUAUUUAUCAUUACGAAGACUUGUUGUUCAAAGAACAAGAUUAAUAGACGAUACACAGGAAAAAUUACUUGAAUUAUUGGAAGAAAUGACAACAGGCACUGAGGAGGAGACAAAAGCUUUUAUGUCAGUUUGUGUUGAAACUGUACAAAAAUAUAGUCCACAAGAUGUGAGAACACCUGUUUUUAUAUUUGAAAGAUUAUGUUCAAUUAUUUAUCCCGAGGAAAAUGAUAUUGGUGAAUUUUUUUUAACAUUAGAAAAAGAUUCACAGCAGGAGGAUUUUCUUCAAGGGAGAAUGUUGGGUAAUCCAUAUAGUAGUUUGGAACCUGGUUUAGGACCAUUGAUGCGUGAUGUUAAAAAUAAAAUUUGUCAAGAUUGUGAAUUAGUUGCAUUACUUGAGGAUGAUAAUGGAAUGGAAUUACUUGUAAAUAAUAAAAUAAUAAGUCUUGAUUUAUCAGUAAAGGAGGUGUAUAAAAAAAUAUGGGUUGUCGAAGGUGGUGAAUGUGAUGCAAUGCGUGUUGUUUAUCGUAUGAGGGGUUUACUUGGUGACGCUACAGAGGAAUUUGUUGAGACAUUAAAUGCAAAUAGUGAACAGGAAGUUAAUAAUGAAGAGGUUUAUAAAAUGGCAAAUGUAUUAGCUGAUUGCGGUGGAUUGGAAAUAAUGUUAAAUCGUUUAGCGGCAAUACAAGAUGUUAGUCGUGCACGUCCAUUGUUGCAAGUUUUAUUAAAAUUAUUUCGUUUAUCAGUGAAAGUGAAAAAAAAUCAACAAGUAUUAAGUCGACCUGAAUUAAAAGCUGUUUCUGUUUUACUUGAUGUUUUAAAAAAAUGUCUUGAAACUGAAUUGGAUAGUUCAAAAGUAACUGAACAAUUAUUGGAUAUUAUGGAAACUAUAUUGGAAAAUGCCGCUGCACAGCCAUUAAGUUCAUUUGAGGAAUUUUCAAAAACAUUGGGCGGAACUGAUCAUAUUAAAACAUUAUUGUCUUGUACACAAUCAACGGCGGUGAGACAAUGUAAUAAUGUUCUUAUGCAUCUUGCUCGUGUAUUAGCGGCACUUACAUAUGGUAAUGAGGAAAAAAUGGCACUACUUUGUGAUUAUUUUAAACCUGUUUUGAAUUUUUAUAAAUUUGAUUUUGAACAUACGGCUGAUGAUGAUCAAAAAUUGGAAUUAUUUUGUAUUUUAACGCAAGGAAUUGAGAGAAAUGCAAUUGGAAAUACAUUAAAGGAUCAUAUUAUUGGAAUGGGUAUUGUUAAGGAUGCAUUUGAAUAUAUAACAAUGCAUGCGCCAUGCGUGAAACCAACAUUAUUAAGAACUGAUAGUGAUGAAUUAAAGGAUUUUAUAUCGAAACCAUCGUUAAAAUAUAUAUUGAGAUUUCUCACUGGUUUGGCUACUGAUCAUGAGCCAAUACAAUUGUCAGUGUCGUCGGCGAUAAUUAAUAUAAUUCAUCGUUUAGAACAGGUAUCGUCUGAUGAGCAUGUGGGAUCAUUGGCGGAGAAUUUAUUGGAAGCACUUUGUACGAAUAAAAAAGUUUCUGAAUUAAUUGAAGAGGCACGACAACAUACAAGAAGUGAAAAGAAACGUUUGGCAAUGGCAAUGAGAGAAAGACAAUUGGGCGCAUUGGGUAUGAGUACAAAUGAUAAAGGACAAGUAACAGCGAGUAAAACAAUUUUACAACAAAUGGAAGAUUUGGGCGAUGAGACGGGAUUAAUUUGUGUUAUUUGCCGAGAGGGUUACAAAUUUAAGCCAAAUAUGGUUCUUGGUAUUUAUACAUUUACAAAACGUUGUAAUGUUGAGGAAUUUGAAACGAAACAGAGAAAAACAAUUGGCUAUACAACGGUAACGCAUUUUAAUGUUGUACACGUGGAUUGUCAUAUGUCGGCUGUUAGAUUGGCAAGAGCGCGCGAUGAAUGGGAAAGUGCUGCAUUACAAAAUGCAAAUACAAAAUGUAAUGGUCUAUUACCAUUAUGGGGUCCACAAGUUCCUGAAUCGGCAUUUGCAAGUUGUUUAGCGAGACACAAUACAUAUUUACAAGAAUGCACUGGACAUCGUGAUAUUUCUUAUUCAUCAACAAUUCAUGAUCUUAAAUUACUUCUUUUACGAUUUGCACAGGAGAAAACAUUUCACGAGGAUACUGGAGGUGGUGGACCACAAUCAAAUAUGCACAUAAUACCCUAUUUAAUUCACAUGGCUCUCUACGUCAUCAAUACAACACGAUCGGCGGCGAGAGAGGAAAAAGCACACAUGUCGUAUUUACAAUCUUCCGCGAAUUCGACAUGGCUUGAUAAUUGUUAUGAAGCUGAUGGUCCAUUUUAUCAAUGUACAUUGUCAUUGCUUGUUGUACCACCAUCACAAUGGAAUAUAUUUAGACUUACACAUUUGAGAAGACUUAUUAUACUUGCACAGCAACGUUAUAUUUCUCCUUCGUUAUCGACGAAAAAUCUCACUGAUAUUACAGUUAAAGAUUAUUCAGUUUACAAGAGUGUUUUUAUUUUCUUUGGUCUUGUUGAUUGCAUAUACAAUACAUUUUUCAAGAAAGUUGUUGUCUCUUCAGAUGAUCAAUGGCCGUCAAUUUUAGCUGAAUAUAUUCGACAUAAUGAUGAAGCUUUAUUGAAAGCAUCGGAACGUGUUUUGGCAACUUAUCGAGAUGAAUUGUUACCUUGUGAAUCGUUCGAAGAAUUUUGUGAUGUUAUCGGUUUAAUUGAAGAAAUAACGGACAUCUCGUCGUAUAUAAGUGAAGUUCUAAAAGAUCUCGCUUAAAAUUGAUAUUCAUUUAAAAACGCUUUCUACACGACCUUAUCUUCCCCUCCAUAAUAAAAGAAAAAAAAAAAUGAAAUAAAUCUCAAUACUUCGAGUACGAAAAAAAAAAACCAACCCGAGUGCAUAUUUUUAGUUUUUUAUGACUCGAACGGAUGUGGCUUAGUUAUUAUAUAUAGCUCUCGAUUAUAUUGUAAAAUUUUGUCCAAGUAUUUGGCAAUUCUGUCAAAAUACAUAAUUGUGAAUGUUGCAAAUUACGAAUUUGUAUAAGAAUCGACUUUUUGAAUGGCGUUCUUAUUUAUGUAAUAAGCCUGUAUGAACUAUAAAAAAAAAAAAAAAAAAAAAAAAUGAUAAAAGUUGUGCUUCAAUGAGAAUCGAUAUAUAAUAAAAAUGUUUGCAGAUGUUAAUCUA